UAAAGCGAAAUUACAGAGGACUUAGUGUUGUUUUAAGUCAGGAUCUCAUUCUAUUGAUUUCAUUUUUCGAACCAUUAACUAAUUGAACUUAUAUGUUUUUCUUAGCUACAUUGUGUGGUUAUAAUACUUCAUUACCUAAGUACGCAUUGUAUUGUAGCCUGCGAAGUCCAGUUCUAGAAUUCAUGAUCUAGAUCUAAAUCUAAAUUUAUCUAGAUCUAAAUUUGUACACGUACAGUUUUAACUUCGUGCACAGCCAGAUGGUUCAAUUCUGUCCUGAGAUAUUUGGCAUUAUGAUGUUAAUUGUUCCCCCAGUGCAGGGGUUACUCAAGUGUGACUACAACAAUUCCUUGAUGUUUCAAACGUCUUGUAUCUUCGUCUACACGGAGCUCGCGAACUGGAAAAAUGCACAGAAAAAAUGUAAUGAAGCUGGCUUACAUCUCAUGACAAUAAGAAACACUGUGAAUACAACGCAGCUUCUGGAUGCCAUUUCAUUAAUGUCAGGUAAAAGUCACGUUACUUUCUGGACCGGUGCUAGAAGCAUCAAAUUCCAUGGUCUCUACUUCUGGGAAGAAGACGAUUCUGUGGUCGAGUCAGAACUGUGGAGACAAGGAGAGCCUCACGUUCCUUUCUCCAAGCGUUGUGUCUACCUCGAUGUCUCUGGAGAACUUGGUACUUGGCCUUGUUUUGUUAAGAGAUGCUUCUUGUGUGAAGCAGUGGAGCCCACUUGGUACGGUGACCGCAACAAGUUUCACUGCCAGUGUUCGCAAGGACUCUGUGACGACAUCGGCUCGUGUCUCUCAGGCCACAUGCAGUGCUUUCCAGGAUGGUUCGGAGCCAAGUGUGAAUACUACGAUGUGGCCCGUAGACAAGAUAAGACCUACCAUGUGCAUGAAGACAACGACCCUGUUUGUGAACACAAUCUCAUCAAUCCGUACACUUUGAAUCUGACCAGUCCAGUGCCUUUCAGCUUUUUACGAAUCAUCGUUACCCAGGCAGUCGACACCACACAAGUGAACUUCACACUCACAUUGAGGUCAGUUCAGCAGACGUGCCAGUCCACUCACAUCAGAAUGGACCACUUCACUUAUGACUUUAUUUGUUUGUACGGCCCAGUUUAUUACGAUCAGCUCACGCUCGCCUGGCCCCGUACAGUCACGUUGUGCGCUGUCUAUAUAUCAAAGGGUCACGAUGUGACUUUUCAACAGAGAGUGACGUUUGAAGGCUUAAAGAUGGCGAGCCCUGAGGUGGUAGUGGACUCGAUUGAUAGCAUUGGCUCGCUCUGCACUGAACAAAUUCCAGGGGAGACUCGUCAGACUAUAGAAAUACAUCUAGGCUUGCCACAGAUGAUAACGCAAAUCACCAUAGCUCGCAAAAGAGGGGUAGCAGACUACAGUCACAUGAAGGGGCUGAGGAUUGAAACUCUAGACACUCGGAUGCAGACUCUAGUUACCUUCCAGCUCAACUCAGCCUACAGUGACGCCCGCGUCGUUUCCGUCCUGACGUUUGAUAACCAGACGGCGGCAAAGAUACGCAUAUCCCUGGAAGCGUUCAAUGAAAAGUCUUUCAUUGAAAUCUGUGAAAUCAACGCUUACGGAGAAUGUUCGCCCCCUUUUUACGGUGGAGAUUGUUUGGAGGUGUGUCCAGCAUCCUGUCCUUACAAGGCCUGUCAUAUCGAUGAUGUCUGUCUAUGGCCGUGUCCUGCAGGAACGGUUGGUCCUCAGUGUAAAGUGCCCACUAUAGCAGCAGCUCUCAAUGACGGACGGUACCAAGCGGCAGCCUCAGCUCAUGAGACCCAACUCGGUUACAAGGAGAUCGCUCUGAUUGUGGCUGGAGUCUUCUUCGCCUGUUUAGCCUUAGUGAUUCUAGUGAUGCAUUGCCUGACCAAAGCCGCCUCGGGCGUAGAGAUGUCUUUGAAAGAGUUCCUGAGAUUGGAAAGCGAGGCUGGCCAAAUGUUGCAUUUGUCAUCCACAAGUAUUGAAAGGGGUGACAGUGCACUUUCGAUACUAGUAGAGAGAUUAGAGGACGCUGCGAGGCGCCAGAGGAACGCAGCACUGAUGAAACAUAUUCUGUCCAAGUCUUUGAAAGUGGAAGAUAGAUCUAGACCUCCUGCUGCACGCCAUAAUGUUUCUCCCUCGAUUGAGUUUGACGAGUUUGACGAAGAAGAUUAUGUGUGAAGACUAAUGUGUGACUUGAUUGGGGUUAUAAACAUUAUGAUAGAUGUGAAGACUAGUUUAUGAACUGAUAUGUCUGACGACAUUUGCCUGAGCUGUGUGAUGGCAAAUAUUCGAAUGGAUUGGACUAGAGACAUAGGUCUGAAGAUAUGUGUUGAAAUACGUAGGUCUGCAAACAUUUGUCUGAAUUGGAAGUUGGAAGACAUUUGUUCGAAUUGUUAGGUCGGAAGACAUGUGUCUUAAAUGGUAAAUAUGAAGACAUGUGUCUUAAUUGAUAGGUCUUAAAUCUGUAUCAUUUUACGUCCUGAGUGACGAUCUUUUCCCUUUGCAACUCGUAGUGUGACUAAACAAGCCAUUCUCGAUUCACAGACACAGGCUGGGCAUCUGUAAUCACCUGGUGUUGUUCCUUCAUCCCAUUUUCUACUACUGUGGUUCUUAAAACGUGUCUAUAUAGAUACAUUUGAAUAAUGUCUUUAUUUAUAGGUCUUAGCAGGCUCAUUUUCUGAAUUUAUAGUUUUGAAGACAUGUUUCUGAACUGUAGACGUAAAGACACAUGUCUAAAUAGAUCGGAGGAAAGACAUUUGUCUGAUAUGAUAUGACUCACGACAUGUGUCUAAGGAGAUGAGUUUGAAUUAAGACGUCGAAAUCAUGUGUCUGAACUGAUAAAAGCAUAUUCCUUGUUCCUUAUGCUAAGACCAAUUUGUACAAAUGCUCCUUCUUCCCUAGUGCUAUUAGACCAUGGAAUGGGUUAUGGGUUGCCUGAGCUAGCCAGGACAACCAGCGACUUGGCAAAAUUUAAGGGGAUUGGUUAGCAUGCAUGACUAGAUUGACUAGGAACACAAGUAGGACGUAAUCAUCUUUUUUUUUUUUUGAAGUAACGUCGGUAUUUUAUAAGAUAAAUUAAGAUAAGAAGUAAAGACACGUCAUUAAAAGUAAAAAUGGGAAUAUGUGUGCUAUGAUUGAUGGCGUGUGACUUAAUUAAGUGAUCUAAAAAGAUUAGUCUGAAUGUACAGGUCUGAAGACAUGCGCCUGGAUCAUGAAACGAUAGGUGUGGAGAAGUGUGUUUGAUUGGAUGUAAAAUGUUUGUAAAAUGUUUCGGAUGUUCCUUCAGAGUUGAAGAUAAUUUACUUCCUAGUCCAAACCUCCCGCAGGACGACGGGGGAUGGGAGCGGGCAGGGUUUGAACCUGGGACUAUCGAUAAGUCCGAACGACAGUCCAGCGCGCAAACCGCACGACCAGGCAGUUAUCCAGGUUUAGGUUUGAAGACAUGUGUCUGAGCGGAGAGUGUAAAGACACAUGUCUCGUUUAAUGAAGGUUGAGUUUUUCUUGUUCUUGGGACUUUUAAAAUAAAAUCGUUUCUUUAUAUGAAUGCUGUGUAUUUAGCUCUGGGAGGGGAACUCAGGCUGUGUAGCGAAGUAGCUUCUUUAACUUGCACUACAACUCCUGCCAACUGGAAGGCUCAUUUAUCCCCUAAUGUCAGAAAUCAUGUCAUUAGAAUUAGUUUGGUUCCUUUUUGUAAAUUCCAGUCGAACUAUGGAUCUGAUUGAUUGAAUGUAGAUACCUCUUCGUUAACGUCAUUAUAAGUACAUUUAUAAGUCAUACAUUUUGCAUUGAUGUGAACUAAUAAAGUUGUCAAUAACCCCCCU